AUGUGCGCAAAAAGCGGCCGAAGUGCCACUAUCCUAACACCGCCAGAACCCAAGGCCACUAACCUUACACCGCCAGAACUAAAGGCAACUAACCUCAUACCUCCAGAACUCAAGCCCACUAACCUCACACCGCCAGAACUCAAGGCCACUAACCUCACACUGCCGAAACUCAAGGCCACUAACCUCACACAACCAGAACUCAAGCCCACUAACCUCACACCGCCAGAACUCAAGGCCACUAACCUCACACUGCCAUUACUCAAGGCAACUUACCUCACACCAUCAGAAUUCAAGGCCACUAACCACACACCGCCAGAACUCAAGGCCACUAACCUCACACAACCAGAACUCAAGGCCACUAACCUCACACCGCCUAAACUCAAGGCCACUAACCUCACACCGCCAGAACUCAAGCCCACUAACCUCACACCGCCAGAACUUAAGGCCACUAGCCUCACACCACCAGAACUCAAGCCCACAAACCUCACACCGCCAGAACUCAAGCCCACUAACCUCAAACCGCCAGAACACAAGCCCACUAACCUCAAACUGCCAGUACUCAAGGCCACUUACCUCACACCGCCAGAACUCAAGCCCAAUAACCUCACACCGCCAGUACUCAAGGCCACUUACCUCACACCUCCAGAACUCAAGGCCACUAACCUCACACCGCCAGUACGCAAGGCCACUAACCUCACACCACCAGAACUCAAGCCCACAAACCUCACAACGCCAGAAAUCAAGGCCACUAACCUCACACCGCCAGAACUCAAGCCCACUUACCUCACACCGCCAGAACUCAAGGCAACUAGCUUCACACCACCAGAACUCAAGCCCACAAACCUCACACCGCCAGAACUCAAGCCCACUAACCUCAAACUGCCAGUACUCAAGGCCACUUACCUCACACCGCCAGAACUAAAGCCCAAUAACCUCACACCGCCAGCACUCAAGGCCACUUACCUCACACCGCCAGAACUCAAGGCCACUAACCUCACACCGCCAUAG